CAGGACCAUGACAGAUAGGUUAAAUGGUUGUAUUUUGUAUUUUCGAAUUAUUUAAAGCAAAUUAAAUAAUAUUAUAUGAACUUUAUCUAUAUAAUAUCGUUCUGAUAUAACUCGAGUUGAAUCAUAAAGGUUCUUACUACUACUGGGUGAUGGAUUAAAAUUAUAAUAUAUCUAAUUGUGUUUAUAAUAAACGAUUAUUCCAUUUCUGAUACCUAAUUUUCAAAGAAACCUAAUACAACAUGAAGCCUGAAAACAAAGAUGUGAAACCCGGCGAUGGAAUUCGAUCAAUGCAAUCGUCUACAGCAUUUCGAGUUAUAAAUUUUGAACUAUACGCAAAACCUAAUAUGGUUAUUAUGGCUGUAGGAGCUACAUGUUUUGGUUUGGCACUUGGAUAUAUUGCAUACAUGAGGACAAAAUAUGAAUCAAUGGGUUACUAUGCAGCUGUAGACAAAGAUGGUAAAGAAAUAUUUGAAAAGAAAAAGUCCAAGUGGGAUUAAACAAGCUGAAAACUUGCUAAAGCAUUAGGAAUUAAUCCUAUUAACUCUUCAAUUAGACACAAAAUGUUUAUAAUGUUGUCAUGUUCAAUAUCUUAGAAUUAAAUUUUCAUCUUCAUUUGGUUAGAUACAAAAGUUUUAAAAUUAUGAUUUGCUUUAUGAACAUUAUUUCAAACGGGUGUCUCUAAUGUCCAUGUCCAUGUACUGUUCAUGGGCAAUAAACACCCUUGCACUUCUUAAAUUACCAUUAUAAAAUGUUGUACUAAGUUGCGCCAACUCUAAUUUGAAAAUAUGUGAUAACUAUCUCGGCAAAGCAAUAUAUAAUUACUAUGUAAAGUUAUUUCCUUUCCUAUUAGGGAAUAAGUAUGUUCAUCCCCUGGAUAGAGCAUUUUGUACAUUAUUGUAGAAAAAUUAUUAAGAUAAGUAAAUAUUAUUUAUCAAAUGUACAAAUAAAUCACUGAAACAA